ACAAGAAGAUCCUGGAACUCAUGUCCAACAUCAUCCAGCUGCUGACUGGAGAGGAAUGGGACUAUAAAAAAAAAGGAAACAAGGACAUUGAAAUGGAAGGAAUGACGAAAAAUAACACGAUAGACCUGGUUGAUGAAAAUGUUUUUUCUGCAAACGGAGAUGUCAAAAUUACUGACAUUUCUCCAUUUAGACAUCGACUACCAGCCAAUGGGAUUAAGGAGGAAGCAGCCUCACAUGCAGGGAGGAACCAAUCAGAUUGCAGCAUUAAUUCACUUACAAAACAGAUACAGGAAACAGAUAAACCUACUCCUAUCAUAGGAUGCAGCCUGAAUAACCACUUGUCGGAUGAUUUAAAAGAGGAAGUGGCUUCAUGUGAAGGGAGGAACCAAUCAGAUUGCAGCAUUAAUCCACUUACAGAACAGAUACAAGGAACAGAUACACCUACUCCUAUCAUGGGGUGCAGCCUGAAUAACAAACCAACAACUAAUUAUAUUUCACAUGGAAUUAAAGAAGAGCCAGUGUCCUAUCAUGAAAAAAAUAUUCCUGAUUUCAGAAUUAUAACAAUUUCAGACCCAGCAGUGGAAAAGGGCACAUUUGCUAUCACUGGCCACAGCUUGGCAGCAAAUUACAUAUCAAAUGUUAUUAAAAAGGCACCUGCUUCAUGUGAACGGAGAAACCAUCCAGAUUGCAAUAUUAUUACCGUUAAAGAACAGAAACAAGGGACAGAUGCAGCUUCUCCUAGCUUGCGGUCCAGCCCAAAUAAUGACUCGUCAGUUAAUUAUAUACCAAAUGGUAUAAAAGAGGCAUCUGCUUUAUGUGAAGGGGGAAACCAUCAUGAUUUCAAUGUUAUUAUGGUUACAGAAAAUGUAGAAGGAACAGAUACGCCUAAUCCUAUUAUGGGAAACAACCCAAGUAACAGAUUUUCAGAAAUAAUGUGGGGCAAAUAUAGGACAAACGUGAAUAAAGACACAAGUAUGUCUUAUGAAAGAGAACAAUUCCUAACGGACAUCUAUAACUGCACUGAAUGCCAAAAAGGUUUUAUUAGCAAUGAGGAUCUUGUUAAACAUCAAGAAAGUCACGCGGGAGAGAAGCCGUGUAUUUGUUCGGAGUGUGGGAUAUGUUUCGCCCAUGCCUUAGAUCUCAGUAAACAUCAGAAGACUCACACCGGAGACAAACCCAUUAUAUGUUUGGAAUGUGGGAAAUGUUUUACUCGUCGCUGGUAUCUUAGUGUACAUCAAAAAAUUCACACCGGGGAAAAGCCACACUCAUGCUCUGAAUGUGGGAAGUGUUUUUCACGCCGCUCACAUCUGACACUCCAUCAGUUAAUUCACACAGGGGAAAAAACGUUCUGUUGCUCCGACUGUGGUAAAUGUUUUGCCCGUCGCUCGCGUCUCACCGUCCACCAGAGAAUUCACACCGGGGAGAAACCGUACUCUUGUUCUGUAUGCGGGAAAUCCUUUAGAGAACGAUCAGACCUGAGCGUACAUCUGAAAGUUCACACAGGGGAAAAGCCAUACUUUUGUUCAGAAUGCGGAAAAUGCUUUACACGUCGCACCAAUCUAGCAGAGCACCAGAGAAUUCACACCGGAGAAAGAACCUUCUCUUGUUCUGUGUGUGGGAAGUGGUUUACACGCCAGUCCCGACUCAUUUCGCAUGAAAGAGUUCACCAGACCCCAGCCUUAAUACUGAUACAGGGAUGGAAGCUGCACACACAGCCGCUGUUGGAAGAAGUGCCCCAGUGUGAGGAGACAGGGAGAAAUGAACAAACAAGGACGUGUGUACCCACCAAUUCCUUCCCCGGGGCCCAGCUCUACCGCUCCGGACCAGUCGUCUGCUUGCGUCACAGUCACGUGAGGGUUGGAGGCGGGGCUGACAAGAAGAUCCUGGAACUCAUGUCCAACAUCAUCCAGCUGCUGACUGGAGAGGUUGCCAUAAGGACUCAUCAUGUUUCCAUCUAUUUUUCCUUGGACGAGUGGGACUAUAUAAAAGGAAACAAGGAGCUUUAUGAGGAAGGGAUAAAGGAGGAGCCACAGCAGCUCCACCCACUGGACUGUGAAUAUGAAGAUAAGAGAGAUAUUCCAUCUGAUCUGGGAGGAACAUUAUGUUAUAAUAAUGAGACAAGCAAGAUCGGGGCUGAAGGAACAGAUUUUUGUGCCAAAGGAAAUCUCACAAUUUCUCCAGUGGAACAGCCCCCACCAGCCAAUGGGAUUAAAGAGGAAAGAGCUUCAUGUGCAGAGGGAAACCAAUCAGAUUGCAGCAUUAAUCCUUUUACAGAACAGAUACAGGGAACUGAUAAACCUACUCCUAUCAUGGGAUACAGCCUGAAUAACAGCUCAGCGAAUUAUAUAAAAGAGGAGGUUGUGCAAUGUCAUGAAGGAAACCAUUCUGAUAUGAGAAUUAUUACUGCUUCAGAAUCAAUACUGGAAACCAAUACAUCUGCUGCAAUGAUACGAUGCAACCUAAAUACCAGUUUGUCAGCUUCAUGCGAAGGGGGAAACCAAUCAGAUUGCAGAAUUAAUGAACUUACAGAACAGAUACAGGGAACAGAUACACCUACUGGCAAUAUAGUUCUGUACAUCUGUUCCGAAUGCCAGAAACAUUUUAGUACUAAGGCCGGUCUUGCCAGGCAUCAGAAAACUCAUUCAGUUUUUGUGGGUGAGGAAAAUGCAUAUGGGAGAAUUCACACAGAAGAGAAACCAUUCCCUUGUUCUGAAUGUGGGAAACGUUUUGCUCGUCGUCUCCAUCUUACUGACCAUCAGAGCAGUCACACAGGGGAGAAACCAUAUGCUUGCUCUCAGUGUGAGAAAUAUUUCACUCAUCGUUCCAAUCUUAACAGACACCUGAAGCUUCACAAAGGAGAAAAACCAUUUCCUUGUUCUCAGUGUGGGAAACGUUUCCCUUGUGUCUCGGACCUUAAUAUACAUCGCAGGGUUCACACAGGAGAGAGACCGUACUCUUGUUCUGAGUGUGGCAAAUGCUUUAAACAUCACUCAAACCUAACUAACCAUCAAAGAACCCACACAGGAGAGAAACCAUUUUCCUGCACUGAAUGUGGGAAAGGCUUUAAAGAUCGCUCAAGUCUUACUGUACAUCACAGAACCCACACAGGGGAGAAACCAUUUUCCUGUUCUGAAUGUGGGAAAUGUUUUAUCAAUCAGGCAUGCCUUAGGGUUCAUAAACGAAUUCACACAGGAGAGAAACCAUUCCCUUGUACUGAAUGUGAGAAAAGUUUCAGCGAUCGGGCUUGUCUUAGAGGCCACAAAAGAACUCACACGGGAGAGAAACCAUACAGCUGUAGUGAAUGUGGCAAAUGUUUCCGUGAUGGUGCAGGCCUUAGAGUCCAUAAAAGAAUUCACACGGGGGAGAAACCGUACACCUGUAGUGACUGUGGCAAAUGUUUCAGUGAUCGUUCAUGCUUUAGAACCCAUAGAAAAAUUCACACAGGAGGGAAACCAUUUUCCUGUUCUGAAUGUGGCAAGUGUUUUAUUCAUCUCCACGACCUUACCGUUCAUCUCAGGAUUCACACAGGAGAGAAACCAUUCACUUGUACUGAAUGUGGCAAAUGUUUUAAACAUAAUUCCCAACUAACUACACAUUCCCAGAUACACAAGAGAAAAAACACUUCAGAUGAUGGGGGGGCCCUGCAUGCCCCUGGCUCCGUCAUACAGAAGGAAAAUAACAAGAAUGACAAGAAGAUCCUGGAACUCAUGUCCAACAUCAUCCAGCUGCUGACUGGAGAGGUUGCCAUAAGGACUCAUCAUGUUUCCAUCUAUUUUUCCUUGGACGAGUGGGACUAUAUAAAAGGAAACAAGGACCUUUAUGAGGAAGGAAUGAAGGAGGAGCCACAGCAGCUCCGCCCACUGGACGGUGAAUAUGAAGAUAAGAGAGAUAUUACAGCUGAUCUGGGAGGAACAUUAUGUUAUAAUAAUGAGCCAAGCAAGAUUGGGGCUGAAGGAGCAGAAUUUUGUCACAAUGGAAAUCUCACAAACUCGGAAACUCCUCCAGUGGAACAGCCCCCACCAGCCAAUCGCAUUAAAGAGGAAGUGACUUCAUGGGAAGGGGGAAACCAAUCAGUUUGCAGCAUUAAUCCAUUUACAGAACAGAUAAAGGGAACAGAUACUCCUAUCAUGGGAUCCAGCCUUUCUCAUUUAGGAAUAAUUAAAAUUACACAGCCAAUACUGGGAACAUUAUCUACUCCUAUGUUGGGGUGCAGCCAAAGCAUGAAUUUACCUGCUAAUUAUGUAUCAAAUAAAGACUCGACUUCAUGGGAAGGGGGCAACCUUUCAGAAUACAGAAUGAUUUCAAUACCAGGAGCAGCUACAGUUGCUAAUGAUUCCAAACAAACAGUACAGGGAAAUCUCACAAACCCUCAAAUGUCUCCAGUGGAACAGCCCCCACCAAACAAUGGGGUUAAAGAGGAAGUGGCUUCAUGGGAAAGGGAAAACCAAUCAAAUUGCAGCAUUAAUCCACUUACAGAACAGAUACAGGGAACAGAUACACCUACUCCUAUUAUGCAAUACAACCCCUUAAUAACACAGGAUAAUAAAGAUGAUCAAAGAACUCGAACACAACUUAAAUAUCAUCACAGACCCCACACAGGAGAGAAACCAUUUCCUUGUUCUGAAUGUGGGAAAUGUUUUGGCAGAUCAUCAUCUCUUACUGUCCAUCAACGAGCCCACACAGGAGAGAAACCUUAUUGUUGCUCUGAAUGUGGGAAAUGUUUUUCAACUCAUUCUAUCCUUGCUCGUCAUCAAAUUACUCACACAGAAGAGAAACCAUUUCCUUGUUCUGAAUGUGGGAAAUGUUUUGCCACUUCAUCACAACUUACUGUCCAUCGACAAAUCAACAGAGAAGACAACCCUUAUUCUUGUUAUCAAUGUGGGAAAUGUUUUAGCAGAUCAUCAUACCUUAUUACACAUCAUCGAACCCACACAGGAGAGAAACCCUAUUCUUGUUCUGAAUGUGGGAAAUGUUUUGCCACUUCAUCACAUCUUAAUGUCCAUAGACAAAUCCACAGAGAAGACAAACCUUAUUCUUGUUCUCAAUGUGGGAAAUGUUUUAGCAGAUCAUCAUACCUUAUUACACAUCAACGAACCCACACCGGGGAGAGACCCUAUUCUUGUUCUGAAUGUGGGAAAUGUUUUGCCAGAUCAUCUUCCCUUAUUGAGCAUAAACAAACCCACACGGGAGAGAGACCCUAUUCUUGUUCUGAAUGUGGGAAAUGUUUUUUGAAACAAGGUCAGCUUAAAAAUCACCACAGAACCCACACAGGGGAGAAACCUUUCUGUUGUUCUGAAUGUGGGAAAUGUUUUACACAUAACCAUAGUCUUAGAUCAUACAAAUGCACAUAGGAGGAGCAGAUUUUUGUGCCAAUGGAAAUAUCACAAACCUUUAAGGAGGGAACCAAUCAGAUUGCAGCUUACAGAAAAGAUACAGGGAACAGAUAAACCUACUCCUACUGUGCAAUACAACCCCUUAAUAAUGCAGGAUAAUAAUGAUUAUGAUGUCAAUAUGUUCCCACAUGAAUCUCGCGUAACAGAACAGAUUCUUCAAAAAAGAGACAUUGAUAGACACCAAAGAAAUCAAACAACUAAAAUAUCAUCAUAGAACCCACACAAGAGAGAAACCAUUUCCUUGUUCUGAAUGUGGGAAAUGUUUUACCAGAUCAUCAGACCUUA